AUGUUGGCAGACGACAGACGACGAGUUUGAUUAGUUAUUUGUUUCUGUUUUCAAUGCUUUAAAAUCACAACUUUUUAUUGACACAUUAUUAUCCGUAGUCCAAUCAUUUACCUUAUAGUUCAUUAAGUUUGAAAGCAAGAUUCAAACAUUUCUUUAUCUUAGUGACAUACAUAAUCAAGCGUUCAAUAUGGUUGAUGAUGGUACAAGAAAAGCUCUUAGUAAAAUACCACUGCUAAAGACGAAAGCUGGUCCUCGUGAUAAAGAACUAUGGCCUCAAAGGCUGAAAGAAGAAUAUCAAGCUUUAAUUCAGUAUGUUCAAAACAACAAAGACAGCGACAAUGACUGGUUCAGACUGGAGUCAAAUAAAGAUGGUACCCAAUGGUUUGGAAAAUGCUGGCAUGUUCAUGAACUAAUGAAAUAUGAAUUUGCUAUUGAAUUUGACAUUCCAGUUACUUAUCCAACAACAGCUCCUGAAAUUGCCAUUCCGGAAUUAGAUGGUAAAACUGCAAAAAUGUAUCGUGGUGGCAAAAUAUGUUUGACAGAUCAUUUCAAACCUCUUUGGGCACGGAACGUCCCAAAAUUUGGUAUUGCUCAUGCAAUGGCUCUUGGGCUUGGUCCUUGGUUAGCUGUGGAGAUUCCAGAUCUUAUACAGAAAGGCAUUGUUGUCCACAAAGAAAGUUCAAGUGCUACAUGAUAUAUUAACAUUGCUAUUAUUUAUAUGUAAUUCAUUUCUAUUAUAUUGGUAAUAAAUUUUAAGAAUGAUAUUUUGA